ACUAAACCAAACUAUGGCACCUGUAAAGUUAGAAGGUUAUGGCUUUUUCAACAAGACCUUAAAGGCACCCAAGACUAUCUUGGCUCCAAUGGUUGAUCAGUCUGAACUUGCUUUCAGAAUCUUGACUAGACGAUAUGGAGCUGAUGUCUGUGUGACCCCCAUGUUCCAUGCCAGACUCUUUCACGAAAGCAAAAAGUACCGAGAUGAUCAAUUCACAACAAACGAACAAGAUAGACCAUUAAUUGUUCAAUUUUGUGCCAAUGAUCCUGAAAUCCUUUUAAGAGCAGCUAAGCUUGUAGAAAACGAUUGUGAUGCUGUUGAUUUGAAUUUGGGUUGUCCUCAGGGCAUUGCUAGAAAAGGACAUUAUGGCUCAUUCUUACAGGAUGAAUGGGACUUGAUUGCCAGCAUGGUCAGUCUGUUGCACAAGGAACUGGCUGUGCCUGUCACUGUCAAGAUCCGUUGUUUCCCCACAGUUGAAAAAACCAUUGAAUACGCUAAAAUGAUUGAAGCUGCUGGUGCACAAAUGUUGACAGUACAUGGUAGAUUGAGAGAACAGAAAGGACAAAACACCGGUUUGGCAGACUGGGAUAAGAUCAAGGCUGUCAAACAAGCACUCAAGAUUCCUGUAGUGGCCAAUGGCAAUAUUCUGUACCAUGAUGACAUUCAACGUUGCAUUGAUUAUACAGGCGUUGAUGCUGUCAUGACUGCUGAAGGUAGUCUGUACAAUCCUACUAUUUUUUCAAAGGAGAUCAAGACACCUCCUUACACUUUUGACAUUGCUCAAGAAUAUCUUGAUAUCUGUAAGACUGUUAAGACUGGAGGAAGCUCCAUCAAGGCACAUUUGUUCAAGAUUUUGCAUCCUACUUUACCUCAUCAUGUUGAAAAGCGAUCUCAAUUAGGAAGAGCUCGUACAUUGGAUGACUAUUUGCAGGUAGUUGCCGAACUGAAAGAACAAGUUUUGAAGGUCAUUGAAGAAAAGGGAGAGCCAAAACAAGGAGAGCCUAACGAAGAUGGCAUCCGACAAUAUGCUUAUUGGAGAUGCCAACCUCAUAUUCGACCAAAACUCCCAGAGAAUGAUGAAAACACACCUGAAAAGAGAAAAGAGCAAUCCGAAAAUGAUAAAAAGAGACAUGCUGAAGCUAAAGAAAGAGCCCUUGCCAAGAAACAAAAGCAAGAUAUCACUGUAGAUACCGUUUAGAAUAGUAAUAGUAAUAAUAAAAAAGUAA